AUGCGAAUUUAUGAAGGAAUACUCUUUAUGGCCUUUCUUGCUGCUCUUAAAGCGGCAUCAACAUCGCCGCAAUUUGGGCAAAGCGGUGUAGAGCCCGAUUUUGUUUCAAUAUUAAGAAUAAAUGAACUGUACUACAUACACAAGAUGCAUACAAUGAAUGAAACUGACCCGAUAAAUGAAGAUACAAUAAAAUAUUUGCAAGAAUUUCCAAAUGAUGAAAAUAUGGAUGCAUUUACAAACUUUUAUUUUGUGAUUAGGUUCAUAAAUUCUACAUCAAUUGUAAUACAAACUAUUGUGUCAAAUAUAGUGCAUGUUGUUGGCAAAUACACUACGUAUGUAACAAUGAUGCAGCCAUUGUUUAUUCAUGCCUAUGAAAAUUCAUCUAAGUUAACUAUGGCAGAAAAGAAAAAGCUAAAGCAUCUUAUUUCUCGCAUUGAGAACAUACAACCAGAUAUCAAGGUAAAGGAAACAUUAAAGAAAGCCGAGCUUCUAAUUAAUGAACUAGUGAAUAUUAAAAGUUUAUGUUGGAUAAAGAAUUUGGGGGUAUAUGAUAUAAACAAGAAAAAUGAAAUGUUAUUAAAGAUCCUUGCUAACGCAAGAGAGCUUAAAACUGCUAUGUUUAAUAUUUACAUCAUCCACACCGCGCUGGAAACAAUAAUCACAAAAUCAACUUUUGUAUUGAAUACAAUGAAAAAAGAUACUAAUGAUAUAAUUAUAAGUCCGAUUGGAUGUAUAAACAACUCUUGUAUUAUAUGUUAUUUCGCAAAGCCAUGCAAGGUAAUUCUAUCACAUAAGUGGCACACGACCUGGUACAAUGUAUUUGAAAGUGUUGUAUGCCAGCUUAUUUCUAAUGUUGAUGCUCUUGUAAAUGACAGUAUUGGAAAAAAUGAUAUUAAUACUAAUUUAUUCUUAUCCAAUAAAAAUAUAAUCAUUGGAUCCUAUAUAGUGCCGUUAUUAGGCAUUAGAUACAAAUGUUUUAAAAGGGGCGGUGCGUACUAUAAUGCCAUUAUAGAUGCUAUUAUAAGCUGUGGUAUGACAUUUAAGAGUUUGAAUCUAUCAGAAGCAAAGAUAGACAAUACACAUGAAAUGCUUUUUUUAGUUAAAAAAAUUCCUAUAUCCAAUAAUUACAUUUUGCUAUGGAAAAAAGUUCGAUGGGCACUAAACAAACUAGAAAAAGAUUCAGAUAAAAUAUUAGAUACUUUAGAUAUAGAUGAUAAAAUAAUAUACUGCAAUCUUUCGGAUGAAAUAUUGUUCUUUUCUUUUGUGUUUAAAAGGUAUUUAGGGCAUUUUAAUAAUAUGUUUUGUACCUGGAACAAAGAAAAAAUCUCACUUGAUUUUAAGCUCUGCUCAGCAAAUGAUUAUAUCAGCAUGUGCAUUAUAAAGAUUCUACAAAUAGAGGAUUCCAUAAGCAAUGAACAGGUAGCAAAUUCUUUUCUGACUUUACAGAAUAUGUGUGAUACCAUAUUAUUACUAGAAAUUAUUAUAAGUCAGUUAGUCGAUGAGUUAGCAAUUUUUUGCCAUGAUUUUUCUCCUGUUAAUGAGCUUACCUUGGAAUAG